GUGAAAGGGAAAUGACAGAGGCCUCUUUGAGUACUCACUGCCCUCUGUUCUCUCAGGGUUAGAACUGCCGUCCUCUGUCCACCACCCACCUUUAAAGAUAACAGGAGAAUAAUAUACAACAGAAACACGGAUAAAAACAAAUGCAUCCACCUGAGUGGUAAAAACUUCCUGCAACAUUACAAACUUUACUUGGCUGCAGGACGUCGUUAUCUCGUAAUUUCUUUAAUCUAGAAUGAAAUAAAAGCCCUGUGGUGAUAUUGUGUCUGAAGAGGGCGGUCUGUUCCGUAAGUGUCUCUGACCUGCAGGACGAGGGCCUCCCCUUGUGUUUGCUGUGUACAAUUACAAAGUCCAACAGCAGGAGCCUUUGGUACGUUGUUGUUUAACUAAUAGGAUCACAAUUUAGGGUAAUUUGGCAUAAAGCCCUGGCACUGUCACAUAUAUCUUGAGUUUAUUAGCUGAGUGAUACCAGUUAAUGUCGGUGAGAUGAGUGACUGUAUUAUGAGCACAACUAAGACAGCGGGCACUUACAGCAGCUUUCCCUGACUGUAUAUAGUGAUUUUAAUAUAAAUGAGGAAAAACGUAUCUUGAAACUAACUAUAAAUCACAUGUCAUAGCACAGCUGUGUCCUUGAAUUACCUUUUACAUUUGGCUUAGACAAGCCCACUUGUCUUCAGACAGAAUUCAGAAGGCAGAAUUCACUUCCUGCUAGUCACUUCCUUAUUUAGCUUAGUCCGGCUGAGGUUUAGAGUCUGCGUGUGUGUCUCUCUUCUCUCGACAUAAUGAUUCGUAAAAUCUGGGGAAUUGGAUUCGUGAUUGUGCCAUUCUUGUUCAACAUAACACAAGGAUGCCUUCAGGAAAACACUUCCUGUAAUGACAUAAAGACAGAAGGGGGUUUCCAGUUUCCACAUGGCUGUCCCGAGAAAAGUGAGGUUGUCGUGUCAAAUUAUCAGAAUAUUACCAUUGCUAUUCGUAAAGUUGGCACCCAGACUUUUCAGAUUUCAGAUAAAGUAUUUAAAGCAAACGACCAAUCGAUAGUUACAAGAGACUGUCAAUACCUGAAAGUUGGAUGCACAGUUUAUGAGGGAGAUCACAUUAAGCAAGAGAUCUGCCGGGCUUUUACAGUUAAGCUGAAGAAUCCUGAUCCAUCAAUCCCAUGGGGCAUCAUCAUCGGUGUGGUGCUGUGUGGUGGUGUGGUGCUGCUCAUUGUGAUUGUCAUCUGGUUAAGGAGGCAGCCCAGUGCAGCUACACUUCCUAAGUUUUUAAGAUACCUAUGGAGUUGCUCUUGUCUCAAAACGGAGAAUGCAGAAAGGGAAGAGACACAAGAAACUGGAUGCCCUCAAGAAAAUGGAGUCCCGCAGGUCAUAGCUGGUAACGGUGUUAUCAGAAUGGGUGAAAUAUCUGCCUCUCAUCCACAUGGAAGUGAUCAGAAUGAUAUCAACCCAGAUGACACACCUGAAAGUGUGAAAGUAGACAGUAUUGAUCCCAACGCUGAUGGUAAGACUCCUCAACCCUUCAGUCUGGACCACAACCUGACCAACGGGGCAAUCCAAACGACUAAAAAUGGAGACAUAAGUGCCCCAGAUGCUAACAGAGCCUCUUAUGAUCGAACCAUGAAUAGGAGCCAGAGGGAUGAUCCUGGAGGAAUUAAUAACAACAAAGGAGAAGAUGCUGUCAGGACCAGGGAGAGGCCCAAUGGAUGGGCUCUUGGGAAUCGUGGUCCUGAAGAUGGUGUUGAUGAAGAGAAAGCACUGCUGUCAGAUCAGGGAGCUACAAUCCAAGAUUCUGACAUGACAGGUGAAGCUGCAGCUCUGGUGAACAAGCGCGGCUCUGACCCCGGCCAGGACGGCAGGUGCUCCACCAGUCACUUACGAGAAGUCACUGCUCGACAUGAAGAACUAUUAAAAAACAUAUAAACUGAUCAUUAUAAUAAUAAUAAUAAUAAUAAUAAUACUAUUAUAACAAUAACAAUAUAUAUUAUUCUCACAGUCGUGGUACAUUUACUGACACUGCCUUUGGAAAGUCCAACACUGUUUUGCUCUCUUGAUGAGCAUGCUGGGAUUUUUUUUUAACAAUGUAAGAAAAUAUUGCUGAAUUUUGUACUUUUAACACACCGUUAAAACAUUUUUAUGACAUUAGGUUUUCUUUCCAGAAAUAUUAGACAAUCACAGAGGAAACUGGUGUUGUCUAUGCAUCGCUUUUAGCAUAUUCUUUGAUUUACGUGAAUUAAAUUAGAUGAGUCAGAUAACAUAUUAAUUUGGGUUAUAACAUUUAAAGGAACAUUAGUAACAAACAAACAAACAAACAAACAUGGGUGGUUUGCUCCUGAGAAUAUUAAUUGCAUGACUUGACCAAAGGCUGGGUGGACCAGUCAGAAAAUGUACCACACACACAACUGUGAUAUAAAUAAAUAAAUAAAUAAAUAAAUAAAAAUAAUA